CUGCUUAACCAACUUUUGACGUAGCUUUUCACCGCAUUUCAAGUUUGUUACACGUUUUACUCUCAGUUAUGGAUAUUUCAACGGUACCCUGUCGCGUUCACAGUUAAUAACUUUCCACUGAAUUUCUCGUUUUGUCGUGUUUUGAGUGAAUACCGUCGAUAGUUUGCUACCGGGAUGUCAACGCCGUUACAGCACCCGGGAUAUGAGGAGGAGAGGCUGCAGAGGGUCUGGGAGCAGCUGCCCUGUAGAGGGGUCCAGGCGGGCAUGCUGCUGUCGCUCAUGGGGCAGCCGCCCCAGUACAGCUACCCGUCAAUCUUCAUCUAUGGUCAUCGGGCUUCGGGGAAGAGUCAUGUGAUGCAUGUUUUGCUGAAGGAACUUGAGCUGCCUCACGCCACAGUCAGCUGUGUCGAAUGUGUCUCGGUUGCGUUACUGUUUGAACAAGUGCUGCUGUCCUUCUUCGGCUGCGACGCCGCCUCGCUGCUCCCCCGCAGUCCCUCCCUGUCUGACUUUGUUCGCAUCUACAGACAGCAGUGCUCCCAGUCUCCUGCCAAGCAGACACGAUACAUUGUGAUGGAAAAAGCCGAGCUCCUGAGAGACACUGAUGCCAAUUUGCUCCCUGCUCUGCUACGUCUUCAGGAAUUGGUUGAGGACAACGUGACCGUCAUCCUGCUCAGUGAAAUCGUCUGGGACAAGUUCAGACCAAACACCGGCUGUUUCGAGCCCCUUCUGCUCCAUUUCCCUGACUACAGUAAAGGUGAGCUGCAGCAGAUUUUGUCCCAGGACAGACAUCCAUCAUAUUCAGCUGAGCUUUACUCGUCCUACAUCAACAUCCUGCUGGGAGUCUUUUACUCGGUCUGUCGGGACCUCAGAGAGCUGCGCCACCUGGCUGCCCUCAACUUUUCAAAGUUCUGCGAGCCGUUAGUAGAAGGAAAAGUGAAGGAGACUGACACGCAUAAGCUGUGGAGAAACAUCGAGCCGCAUCUGAAAAAAGCCAUGCAGACUGUUUACCUGCGAGAAGUGUCCAGUCUUCAGUGGGAGCAGAUGCAGCAAAUGGAGGAGAAGGAGAGCGGUGCUUUGAGAGGUUUAUCCGCUCACACUCAUGUUGAACUGCCUUAUUACUCCAAGUUCCUGUUGAUCGCUGCCUACCUGGCAUCCUACAACCCCGCCCGCACAGAUAAACGCUUCUUUCUAAAGCACCAUGGUAAAAUAAGAAAAACAAACUUCUUGAAGAAAAAUGAAAAGACAAGUAACCACCUUCUGGGGCCAAAGCCAUUCCCUCUGGACCGCCUGCUUGCCAUUUUUUACAGUGUAGUGGACAGCAGAGUCGCCCCCACUGCAAGCAUCUUCUCUCAGAUCUCCUCUCUAGUGACCCUGCAGCUGUUGACUCAGGUCAGUCACGACGACCAGCUCGACGCCCCCAAGUACAAAUGUGCCGUUUCUAUGGACUUCAUCUGUGCCAUCUCCAGGACGGUGAACUUUGAGAUUGUCAAGUACCUUUAUGACUUCCUCUGAGCCUCCUGAGAAUAAAGGAGAGACGACACACAGUGACAGUAAGACAAAAGAAGGAUUUCUACCUUUAAAAACGAAAUGAGGAGCUCGGACUAUUGUUGGGAAUUUUAAGGAGGAAAAUUAAUCCAAUUAUGUCUCUGCCCCCUUGUGGAUGAUGAAAACGAUUUUUUUUCUUGUUAAGUCUCUCAAAAUUAGAAAAAAACUCUCCCUGUUAAAUAUUUGAAUUCUUAUAAA